AUGGCCAAAAAGGUCAAGAAUGGAUGCGAGCGAGAAAGAAAGGAUGAACAGAGUUGGAGAGAUGGGCUAACAAAGUCAAAAUUGAUAAAAGAAUCAGUGAGUGAUUUAGUAAAAGGAGCAUGUAUUGGGCAUAAAAUUCAUCAAAAAAUGACUCCACCAAUUUCAACUCUAAAACUGUUUACUAAAGAAACACAAAAAGUGAAGGAUGAAAUUGUUGCAGCUUUGUGCUUAGUCAAUUGGCAUCAAUGUGGUGUUUGGAAUCCUAAGGCUGUUUGUUUGUGGCUCACAGACGCGCAGAUCAAUUUAACAUUGAAACGGCCUUUGACUGCUUUGAUCUUUUGCUGUCUCCACUCACUCUGUGGAUCAAAGUACGCAGUUACUUCAGCAACUCCCAAAUUUGUUGUUAAACAUUACCAAGUCUUUGUUGAUCACGAUGAAGGAAAUACCAGCGUCGAAACAUAUUUGAUAUUUGAUAACGCUCCUUUGGGCAAAUUUUAUGUCAGGAGUAGUAAAAUUGCCUUAGUAUUUGAUGGUCACCUUCCCUUGAAAGCCCAUGCACUGAACUGGCUUGUUCAGCAGGCCAAAGUCAAUGCAGACGAUGAAGAAGACCCACUUGCAUCACACUGGACCCUGUGCUCUGUGACCCAUCAAUACAAGGAACCAAGUCUUAAAAUAAAAAAAUGCAUCACAUUGGAAGCAAAGGAGUCGACUUGCGAGUUUCCACCACAAGGAUUAAAAUGUGGAGAUAAAAAUGAAGCAUUUUAUUCCACCCACUCAUCUCGCAGUGAAGUGCGUGAAAUGAGUGAAGAUGGGUUUGUCUACACUGAUCAGCCACUACUAGUUGCUUUCCAAGAAGGUGGUCUUCCAUAUGUGAGAAUUAUAUUGCAUUCAGUGAACAAAUCUCAGUAG